AUGAAGCGCGCGGUGCUGAAGUGGUUCCAGUCCGGGGAAAAGAAGCAGCAGGCCUCCUACGAAGGGGUCGUCUGCGACGCCGACGCUGCCUCCAUCGCCUCCCAGGAUGUCUUUAAGGUAAUCUCAGAUGGAAGUACCUGCAGGCUACGAAGCUUCAUUAAGAAGAAUCGUGAGGGACUUAAGAAACUGGAUGAUCUAAAUGCGACUCCACUGCAUCAUGCGGCAGGACGUGGUCAACUUGAGCUAAUGCAGAUGAUUAUAGAUUCUUCAAAUGAAGCAUUAAAUGUGACUGACUCAUCUGGAAAUACACCACUACACUGGGCCACAAAAAAGAACCAGACUGAAAGUGUUAAAUUACUUCUUGGUAGAGGGGCUAAUCCAAACAUUUUGAAUUCUAAUAUGAUGGCUCCACUUCACUUGGCUGUGCAGUCCCUUUACAAUGAGUUAGUUAAGAUUUUCCUUGAACACAGCUCUACAGAUGUAAACCUGGAAGGAGAGGGUGGAAACACACCUAUAUUAGUAGCAUGUUACAAAGAUAAUUCUGAAGCACUCAGACUUCUGAUAGAAAAUGGUGGUAAAAUAUGUAAAGCCAACAGUAUAGGCUGUAUGCCAGUCCACGCAGCUGCAUUCUCUGGUGCAAAAACAUGCAUGGAGAUUCUUAUAAAAAGGGGUGAAGAGCUGGGCUAUUCCCCUGAAAAUCACAUCAACUUUACUAAUAAUGGAAAGUGUACUCCUCUUCAUUUAGCAGUUCAAAGCGGAGACUUGGAGAUGAUUAAAAUGUGCCUUGAAUAUGGAGCACAGAUUGAUAUGAAACAGAAUGACAAAUGCACAGCUCUUCACUUUGCUGCUACCCAAGGAGCUACUGCAAUACUUAAAUUGAUGAUGUCCUCUUAUUCAGGCGAUGAACCUAUCAUUGAUGCUUUAGAUGGAAAUAAGGAAACGUUGCUUCACAGGGCUGCAUUGUUCGAUCACUAUGAACUGGCAGAAUAUCUGAUAUCAAUGGGAGCAAAGAUUGAUAGUGUUGAUAUUGAAGGUCGAACUCCACUACUACUUGCUACUUCAUGUGCAUCAUGGAAAAUCGUGAAUUUGUUGCUCUCAAAAGGGGCAAAUGUAGAAUUAAAAGAUCACCUCGGUCGUAACUUUUUGCACCUAACAGUACUCCAUCCUGGAGGAUUAAAACAUCUGAAUGAACAAUUUUUGAAGAUGAAACAUAUUAAAGAACUUGUAACUGAUGAAGACAAUGAUGGGUGCACUCCCCUACAUUAUGCAUGCCGACAAGGUGUGCCUCUUUCAGUCAAUAGUCUCCUUGAAUUGGAUGUUUCCAUCUAUUCUAAAAGCAGAGACAAGAAAUCUCCUUUGCAUUUUGCUGCUAGCUAUGGACGAAUCAACACUUGUCUUCGGCUCCUACGAGAUAUGGAAGAUACCAGGCUCUUGAAUGAAGGGGACAAGAAAGGGAUGACUCCUCUACACUUAGCUGCUCAAAAUGGUCAUGAGAAGGUGGUACAAUUCCUCCUGAAGAAAGGUGCCCUUUUCCUUUGUGAUUAUAAAGGCUGGACAGCUUUGCAUCAUGCUGCCUUUGGAGGUUAUACUCGGACAAUGCAGAUAAUUUUGAAUACAAAUGUGAAAUGCACAGAUAAAGUGGAUGAGGAAGGGAACACAGCUCUUCAUCUUGCUGCCAGAGAAGGCCAUGCAAAAGCAGUGAGACUCCUUCUUGAUGAUAAUGCAAAAAUCCUCCUGAAUAAAACUGAAGCAUCUUUUCUUCAUGAAGCCAUACACAAUGGGCGCAAAGAUGUUGUGAAUGCUGUCAUCUUACAUAAAAGAUGGGAAGAGUCUGUAACAACAUUUACUCACCACUCUUCUACAAAUAAAUGUGCUAUCCUGGAGAUGGUUGAAUAUCUUCCUGAAUGUUUAAAAGAAGCAUAUGGCACUCCAUAUCUUUCUGUAAUGCAGACCUUUGCCAUGAUGCUAGGAGAUAUCAAUUACCAUGAUGCUUUCCUUGAACCGAUGCUGACCAAUAAACUGCCUUAUCCAUUACUGAGCUUUGUAAUUCUCAUUGUUUUCACUCUGCUUAUUCCAAUUCUUCUUAUGAACUUACUGAUUGGUUUGGCUGUUGGGGACAUUGCAGAGGUGCAGAAAUUUGCUGCGUUGAAAAGAAUAGCAAUGCAGGUCAAUCUUCACACGAACUUGGAGAAAAAACUACCAUAUUGGUUUCUCAGCAGAGUUGAUCAAGAAUCAAUCACUGUCUAUCCUAACAGGCCAAGAUACUGUGGAUUCAUGAGUGUGUUUCAGUAUUGUUUUGGAUGUGAUGACAGAGCAACAGAUUUGCAGAAUGCUGACACAUCAUUAGAACUAGAAGUACUGAAGCAGAAGUACAGACUUAAGGAUAUUGCAACACUCUUGGAGAAACAGCACAACCUCCUUAAACUGGUUGUACAAAAAAUGGAGAUAAUAUCUGAGGCUGAGGAUGAAGACACAAAUGAUUUGUUUCAACACAAAUUUAGGAAACAGCAGUUGCAGCACAAGAACAGGAAGAUGGUUCCUCAGAUGUCCUUCCAGAAGCAGUUAAGAAAGGGGAGGGAGCUGAUGUGAUUAUAACCACCAGGAAUAAAUGACAGAUAUCUCCAAGUCUAUAGCUUUCUUCUAUUUAAAAGUUAC